AGCAUUCUUCCGUAAACUUUCUAUAGUAAUUUUUAAGGAGGGAAAUAAGUUUUAAAAUCCCAGUAGGCUUUUCAUUUCUUUCUUUCUUUUUUAUUUUGGCCAUGCUUGGAAGUGGGGUUGACCUUAAAACUUUUUGGUCUCAAAGAACGCUUAAUUAAUUUGAUGUGAAGAAAAAAUAAUAAUCGCUUUAUUUCUCUGGCAGUCUAAUCACAGACCACCCCCUCUUCCCCAGCCUUAGGGGAGGGAGCGUUUAAUAACUAGGUCUGUGUAAACUGAUGCCUAGGCCGUAGGAGUUCGCAGGAGCUCUGCUCGAACAAGUUAAAACCAAGCAAAGAGCAAAGGGCGGCCCUCGGAACAAAAAACUGCUCAAACCAACCAACGCAGAGGAUCGCAAUGGCUCUGCUGUCGCGGAUCCUCAAAGCCCGUCCGAGCCCGGCGCCCGAGCGGGGCCCUUGGCAGCCUCGGCCCACGGACGCCAGGCUCCCGGCGAGGGCGCGGGCCGAGGACAAAGGAGCCGGGCGGCCGGGGGCGCCGCGGGCCGGGGGCCGGGCAGAGGGACCCCGGAGCCUCGCCGCCAUGCCGGGGCCCCGGACCCUCGCCAACCUGGUGGAGUUCUUCUGGAAGGACGGCUUCAGCCGCAUCCAUGAGAUCCAGCAGAAACACACACGGGAAUAUGGAAAAAUCUUCAAGUCUCACUUUGGUCCUCAGUUUGUAGUAUCUGUUGCAGACCGAGACCUGGUGGCUCAGGUGCUCCGGGCAGAGGGGGCCGCACCCCAGAGAGCCAACAUGGGGUCCUGGCAGGAGUACCGAGACUUACGGGGCAGAUCCACCGGGCUCAUCUCCGCGGAGGGUGAACAGUGGCUCAAGAUGAGAAGUGUGUUGAGACAAAGAAUUCUGAAACCGAAAGAUGUGGCCAUUUUUGCAGGAGAAAUCAACCAAGUUAUUGCUGAUUUAAUUAAAAGAAUCUACUUCCUCAAGAGCCAGGCAGAAGAUGGGGAGACUGUGACCAACAUCAGUGACCUUUUCUUCAAAUAUUCAAUGGAAGGAGUGGCCACCAUUCUUUUCGAGAGUCGUCUGGGCUGCCUGGAGAACAACGUCCCGCAGGCGACGAUGGACUACAUCGAGGCCCUGGGGCUCAUGUUCUGCACGUUCAAGACGUCCAUGUACGCCGGUGCCAUCCCUAGGUGGCUCCGCCCACUCAUCCCCAAACCCUGGCGGGUAUUCUGCAGGUCCUGGGAUGGACUCUUCAAAUUCAGCCAAAUUCACGUUGACAACAAGCUGAGGGACAUACAGUGCCAAAUGGACCGAGGGGAGAGAGUGAGAGGGGGCCUGCUCACGUACCUCUUCCUCAGCCAGGAGCUGACACUGGAGGAAAUCUACGCCAACAUGACUGAGAUGCUGCUGGCCGGCGUGGACACGACAUCGUUCACAUUGUCCUGGGCAGUGUAUCUCCUCGCGAGGCACCCGGAAGUGCAGCAGACCGUGUACCGGGAGAUAGUGAGGAAUUUGGGGGAAAGGUGUGUUCCCACGGCUGCAGACGUCCCCAAAGUCCCACUGGUCCGAGCUUUGCUUAAGGAAACCUUGAGGCUGUUUCCAGUGCUGCCGGGGAAUGGCCGGGUCACCCAGGAAGACCUGAUUGUUGGCGGGUAUCUGAUUCCCAGAGGCACCCAGCUGGCCCUCUGCCACUAUGCCACCUCCUACGAGGAUGAGAACUUCCCUCGGGCCAAAGAGUUCCGGCCUGAGCGCUGGCUGCGGCCAGGAAACCUGCGCAGCGUUGACAAUUUCGGGUCCAUCCCCUUCGGCUAUGGGGCUCGAAGCUGCAUCGGGCGGAGGAUUGCAGAACUGGAGAUCCACCUCCUUGUGAUCCAGUUGCUUCAACGUUUUGAGAUCAAAAUAUCUCCUUGGACUAAAACUGUUCAUGCAAAAACCCAUGGGCUUCUGAUGCCAGGGGAGCCCAUCCACGUGCGUUUUGUGAACAGACAGUGAGCCUGGCGUUUUCACCCAGCUGCCAGACCGACACACACCAGGUGUUCGUGGGCCACAGAUGAUGGUGGGGGAGAAAAGGAUCCCUUCUGGGGGCUGUCUUGGUUAUAAAUUGGCCUCCUGGUUUCUGGGAGACUUUGAAAUCUUUAUGCAAAGUAAUGUGAGAAGAUUGCUUUACUUUUGCAUACCAGAGUUGCCUUUUUUUUUUUUUGGAGACACAGCUGUUGCGAAGCCAGUGGCACUGAAUUCUCAUGCCUCAUGUGGUGUCUUACCCUUGGACUCACUAUUCACUUACCCAUAGUCUCCUCUGCAUUUGGGCCAGGAAAUGUUGGCAUACAUAUAGAUUCAGUGCUUGAAUAUACCUUCUCUAAUACUGCAUCUGGGACUGCCUGUUAGGAUACAAUUCCAACUUCUUGUUUUUAAUUUGAAGAGGAAACAUUAAGAGACCUCUGCAGAACAGGCCUGUGGUUGCCAGGGGGGAGGGGAGGGGAGGGAGGGAAGGAUUGGGAGUUCACAAUUAGCUCUAUAGCACAGGCAACUAUAUUCAAUAUCCUGUGAUAAACCGUAAUGGAAAAGAAUAUGAGAAAGAAUGUAUAUAUGUGUAACUGAAUCACUUUGUUACAUAGCAGAAAUGAUCACAGCACUGGAAAUGAACUACAAUAAAAGAAAUUAGAAAAAAAAAAAAGGAAUGCCUCUCUAAUACCAUAAUUACGGGAAGAAAACACCCAGGCGACACCAAGCCCUAGAUUUAGAUCCUGCAGCAGGGCUCCGAAUUAAAAGGAC